AUGGUAAAUCCGUCGUCUACCGCCGUCAGCGGUGCAGCAUGCCUUGACAGGGAGACACAGCCACUCCUCGGCCGGCAAAUGGUGACUGAAUCCUGGGUACAGAGGAGGAUGGUGACAAGUGUGAGCCGGGAUUGGGCUGACCUCGUCCUUUUGUCCUGCUAUGUCAUUACCGGGAUGCUCGACAGCAUCUCCAUCUCAACAUGGGGAGCGUUUGUAUCCAUGCAGACUGGGAAUACCGUCUAUCUUGGUCUAGGGCCGACUGCUGGGACAGACCGUUGGAAGAAAUCUGGCACAUCGAUCCUCUCAUUCUGUGUCGGAUCUUUCUUUUUUAGCCGCCUACACAGACAUUUUUCUCCCUCGCCCAAAAGCAGAUACAUCCUUUGCACGUCUUUCACCAUACAAGCCUCCUUGAUUGCAGCCGCUGCUGCGGUUAUCAAAUGGGGUCCCCAGGGUGGCGCUGAUGGUAGCCCAUGGCACGUCUUGAUGCCUAUCGCCAUGGUGGCAUUCCAGAGUUGCGGGCAGGCUAUUACAAGCCGUGCUCUACAAUACAACGCUCUUACAAGUGUAGUUUUAACGAGCAUUUAUUGCGACUUGUUUUCUGAUGCUCAGUUGUUUCAGAGCAUUCUCAUCAAUGCUGAACGGAACAGGAGGAUGGCUGCACCGGCUCUACUUCUGACUGGAGCCUUGCUAGGCGGAUUCCUUGCCAACAGCGCUGUGGGCGCUGCAGGUGCCUUAUGGGUAGCGGGUGGACUCAAGCUUAUGGUUGCUUUUACUUGGGGCUUAUGGCCAGUUGAACAAUCGGCAGUAUGA